CACUGACAUAAACCGGUUUGACAAUUUUUACAGAGCCGCCGUAUUUUCUAUUUUGAAAAUUUUUAAGAUUAGCUAAUCCGAAAAUUUGGGCCCAGAACUUGGGCCGGUUCAAUAUUUUCUCUCCCGCCAUUCCGUAAGCCACAUUGCUUGUUAACACUUCUCGACCAGACGACCACCAGCAUUUUCGUUUCCUCUAGAAAGUAGGAGAAAGAGAGUUAUUUCAAACCAGAAGCUCCUUGCGAGACACAACGGCGAAAUCGUUCGAGCAUGUUGAGUCGCCGGUAAAAUGAAAUGGACUUUGCUGAGUAAGUCUCAGUAUCCUGCUCUACUUACCACAUUUCCCCACAAACUCCAAUGGCUGCUCCAUCUCCAGCUUCGCCAGUAUCGAGACCAACCGGCAGCCGGUGGAGAAUCCGUCGUCGAGACAAGACCGGGGGUCCUACAUGCUCGGGAUGUUAAAGGUGGUCCAUUUUGCGUCAGUACUGAUUCUUCGAUCAACUAUCUUUUGAGUCUUUACUCGAAGUCGGCAGAUUUUACCAACGCACACAAGCUGUUCGAUGAAAUUCUCGAUAGAGACUUGCGCACUUGGACCAUCCUGAUCUCGGGCAUCGCUCGAAAUGGAGCGCACAAGGAUGUUAUGGAACGAUUUAGGAGAAUGCAACUUGAGGGUGUAACGCCAAAUCAAUUUACUCUGUCGACCGUUUUGAAGUCCUGCUGUAGCUUGAUCGAGCUAAGAACCGGGAAAGGAAUUCAUGGUUGGAUUUUAAGAAAUGGGAUUGUCUUCGAUGUCGUGUUGGCAAAUUCAAUUCUUGAUCUCUACGUUAAAUGUGGGGCUUUCAGCUACGCGGAAAGGUUGUUUGGGGUAAUGGUGGGGAAAGAUACUGUGUCGUGGAAUAUAAUGAUUGGUGCCUAUUUGUAUCUUGGAGAUGCAAGCAAGUCUCUUGAAUUGUUUGAUGGUUUGCAGUCCAAGGAUGUUGCAAGUUGGAAUACCAUUAUAGAUGGGCUAAUAAGAUGCGGGUGUGAAAGCAUUGCCCUGGAAGUGCUUUAUAGGAUGGAAGGUAAUGGACUUGAAUUCAAUGCCAUAACAUUCUCCAUAGCGUUGAACUUGGCUUCUAGUUUGUCAGUUUUGCUACUGGGGAAGCAAAUUCAUGGCAAGGUUCUAAGACGUGGGAUUGAUGACAGUGGCUUCAUAACGAGUUCGCUUAUAGAUAUGUAUUGCAAAUGUGGGGAGUUGAGAUUGGCGGACAUGAUAUUUCAACAAAUGUGCCAGGGUUUCCUCCCUGUAGAUGCAAUGGCGAGGAGAGUUUCAUGGAGUUCAAUGGUGUCUGGGUAUGUAAAGCAGCGUGAGUACAUCUGUGCCUUCAGAACAUUUACGUCCAUGUUUGAGAAAAAUGAAGAGGUGGACAUUUAUACACUCACAAGCACCAUUUCUGCGUGUGCUGAGACUGGCAAUUUGGAGCUGGGGAGACAGAUCGAUGCCCGUGUUCAGAAAGUUGGGCAUAAAGUGGAUGCUCACUUAACUUCAGCAUUCAUCGACAUGUACUCUAAAUGUGGUUGUUUGAAUGAUGCUAUAAACAAGUUCAACGAAAGCAAUAAUGAUAUGAAUUUUGUGAUCUGGACUUCUAUGAUAUAUGGGUUUGGAUUACACGGAUGUGGGACGGAAGCUGUUAGACUCUUCGACCUCAUGUUAAAAGACGGUAGCAUUGCUCCUAAUCUGAUUGCAUUUCUUGGUGUAUUGAAUGCUUGCAGCCAUGCUGGGUUGUUUGAAGAAGGUGUCAGAUAUUUCGAAUCAAUGCAAAAUGUUCAUGGCUUGAAGCCAACUGUUCAACACUAUACUUGUAUGGUCGAUCUUUAUGGUCGGGCAGGUCGUUUGGACGAGGCGAAGAGAUUUAUUGCUGAAAAUGGCAUCUCACAUCUCACUGCAGUCUGGAAGUCACUUUUGUCAUCCUGCAGGCUCCAGAAAAAUGCCGAGAUGGGAAAAUGGGCCUGCGACAGACUACUCGAACUGGAGCCACUUGAUCAAGGUUCUUAUGUUCUUUGUUCAAACAUUUUCUCUGCCGAUGGCCACUGGGAAGAGGCGGCCGAAGCAAGGAGUUUGAUGCUCCAGAGAACAGUUGACAAAGUCCCUGGUCAGUCUUGGCUCUAACUGAAUCAUCCACAGCCACAGUUUUGGUUGGUCUCAGUGUAGUACUUAAUCAACGAGAAGGACGUGAAAUAACAUUAACGAGCAGCAGCUAAAAGGUACGUAUAUGUAGGCGAAAAGUGAAAAGCUUUGUUGACAGUUUUUUCCUGUGUAAUAUUGCUGCCCAGACUGCAGAGGAAGUCUUUUGCAUUCAUGAUUGCCCCUCCUACUAACUGAAAACGCCAUUUAAUCCUUUUGAUUAUUACAGGUUACAUAUAAUGAGAAGCUUAAAGAUGGAGCUUGCUUGGUUUGGAUGGGCAAAAGGGGGAGAUGUGGGUUUUCCAGCUUGGUAGUGGAUCGACCUCAACAAACCCACCAUCGAUGUCUUCACUGUUUCGCUGUUGAGAAGAAACCAAACAUUCUAACGUAAGAAAGUUGGUGGCUUUUUUUGCUUCAACUGAGUUAUUAGUGACUCACCAUCAUUCCUCAUUACUAACCCCAUACUGCGUGUCAAAAGGUUAGAGAAGAGAUCACUUUCUAUCCGAUGAUGCUCUGUUUUUUGUUGUUUAGCUAUCCGAUGAUGCUCUGUUUUUGUUUGUUUGGUAUUUUGGUCUAUCAUUCUUUUGGCCUUGAGAAUCAAGGAAGUGGAGUCUGGUCUCCGUCCUCCCACUACCAUAACUUCCAACGCACACCAAUCCUCGUUUGGUAUUUUGAGUCCAAAUUAAGUAACCCUUUUACACAUGCAGGACAAGGCACAGAAGAAAUAAACACAAGGAAGAAGAAUGGUGGAGCUGUGUAUGAAAGUGGCGCCUUUGUGUACAAGAGAGACAAAGUAAGAAGGUGAAACCAACUCACUUCCCUCGCCUUUAACGAGAAUUUCCACGAGGUAAAUCUUCUUCUUCCUCCUCAAUGUAACCGAGUUGAAUUACAUUAUGUACCCAUCAAUCAUCACCUCCCUUGCAUCACAAAAGCAUAGAAAGAGAGAAAAAAGGUGCACACGGACAAAGAUCUACCCACUAACUAUAUAUGCUUUCUUUCUUUCUUUCAUUCUCUUUUUUGGGUGUCUACCGAACAAAUCCAUACAUGUAUCUUGGCUUGGUAUACAAAUCAAAUGUGAAAUCAUAG